AUUUCCUUCCCCCCCACCCCCCCCCUCAAAACACACACACAGAAGGCAUGACAAUUAUACAAAAUCUGUAACAGUGGUGGUGACAUUGAUGACGAAUCCGACAUGGGAAAAAAACUUGCAGAUGAGAUGAAAAACAAUGGAAACUUUUGUUUAAAGCUUUCUCUUUCUCUUUCAUGAUUUUGUCAUCUGCGUGUUUUUUGGAGUGUUUUGGUGUGUGUUAUGAAUUGAUUCCAACGGCCCCACCACAUCAAACUUGCUAACUUUCCUCUUCUCAAAUCCCAAAACCAAAUUUCUCAUCGCCAAUUUCCCUCCCACCCACCCACCCACCAUCACCGUGAAAAAGAUCCAUACUUCUUCUUCGUCAUCUCCAUCGCCACUGAAACUAUAUGGCUGCCAUACCAAAACCCUCCAUUGUUUUCUCAAUAAAAUAAGUGAAUUGGGUGUUUAAUCGAUCUGGGAUUCUCUCCUUUUGGUCGAUUUAUGAUACCCUUUUCUCAAAAUUUCUUUUUUAUUUUUAUCCUUAUUUUGUUUUCGUGAUCUAAAUUCAGUUUUAUUUGGACAUUUUCUUGAAUGUAAUUUGAUUAGAUGAUGAGAGAUUUGCAGAAAGAUCCAUCUGGGUGUUCUGCUUCCUGAGAAAAUUGAGAUUCCCACAUUGUAUUAAGAUCCUAUUUUGUGUUUUCUUAUAGUGAUUCAUCAGAUCUUUUAGUAUUUCUUAAAAAAACUUCAUUUUUUUCGGCAUUCUUAUUUUGUGUUUGUGUGAUUUAGUGUGUUUUUUUAGUGUAUCAUGAAUUGAUAGCCCCAUCACAUCAAUGCAAAAUCGAAGUGUCAAUUGCGUCUUCGUCUUCUUCUUCAUAGCAACCACCCCACUGCCCUUUUCUCACAUUUCUACAGUCUUUAAUGGCUGCCACAACUUUACACCUAAUUUCACUCAAUAAAAUAAGUGGGUUAGUGUUUAAUCCAUUUGGGGUCUCUCUCUUUUGAUCAAUCGAAGAAAACCCUUUUCUUAUUUUUUUUUUCAAUUUUUUCUUUUUUUAUAUACUUAGCGUAAGCAUUAUUGAAGCAUAAUUUUCGACUUUUUUUUGACGUUAUCUCCAAGAUAAUCGAUCAGAUUCUGGGUUUUUUGUUUUUGAGAAAUUUGCAAUACCCACAUUGAAUUAAGUUCUCUAACUCAUCAAGAUUUUGGUUACAAUCCGGAUGUUUGAUUUCUCCAACCCUUCAAAUUUGCGGCUUUUCUGGAGUUGUAGAUUUGACUUUUAGGGUUUUAUAAAUCUUAAAAGGCAUGAUUGCUUGUCUUCCAAGGUGUUGAUCAUCACGUUUUUCAACUGGAUUGCAAAUCACACUUCUCAAAUUGAAAUUACGAAGUAAAAUUGGGUGAAAAGAGAAAAAGGGAAAAUACCUUUUUGAUUCUUUAUCAAUACAAGAAUUCAAAUUCAAAGGGUUCGAAAAUUUCAGGAAAAGAAAACACGGAUUUUGUUUGAUAAAAUCAUCAUAAAUAAUAGAGUAUAAUGGCAAAGAGAUCAAAACAACGUGGUGGUAGGCAAAAGAAAGAGCAGUCAGGUUGUAUGUGGGGAUUAAUUAGUAUGUUUGACUUUCGACAUGGUCGGGCUACAAAAAGGCUUCUUUCAGAUCGCAAAAGAUACACACCCACUUAUAAUGCUACUCAUGAUUCUCCAUACCUUUCAUCCGAAGUGAGUUUGCCCACAAAUUCUGAAGAGUUGCAUCAAAGCAUCGAGAAACCUGGCUUUGAUCUCAUGAGGACAAGAGUGAAGGAACUUAUUAAAGAAGAGAUGUUCAUGGACCAAGAUUCAAAGAAGCAAAAUGACAUCAACAAGUUAGAAAACCACAAACCAAAGCAUACAGAAAACAUAUUAAAAGAAUCUCAUAAUCAAGAAAUCUCAAUCACUCAUCAAGUUUCACCUCAAAAAACCUCACAGUAUCAAGAUCUCGAAGCUCUCGUGAAAGAAAUCUUGCUGAUUUACCAAAAAAAGAACGAACAGAAUGGCGAUCCAGACACAGGGGCAAAACGGUCUUUUCCUAUUGUUGAAGAAAAGCUUGUUGCGGCCAUCGAGACGUUGCUUAAUGAAAACGGUGGCCACAAGAAGUUUCACCAUUCGAGAGAGAUGUUUCAGAUGUUGAGUUCCAAUAAAGAAAUGUUCUUCAAACUCAUUCAAGAUCAAAACUCGAUUUUACUAAACGAAGACCAAAAGUCAAAGUCAAAGUCAAAGUCAAAGGCGAUUUCGGUGUCGAAGUUUCCGGAAAUCGAGCAAACGGAUCAAGAAUCAGAGGAGCCCGUGACCCAUAAGCACCGCAAGUUUUUUAGAAGAAGGAGCAAGUCCGUAGAUAAUAUACCCAUGAACGAAAAGGGUAAAAUCGUCAUUUUGAAGCCGGGUUCCCCCGACAAUCAAAUAGUGAACGAAAAUUCGUCACAAUUUUCUUUCAUGGAGAUUAAAAGACGACUUAAAAAUGCGAUGGGGAAGGAGCAAAGAACACCGGGGAAAACAGUUGAUGGACAUGGUGGAUGGAGUUCUCCAAAUAGAAAUCAUUUUUAUACGGAAAGAUUCACCAAAGCUACUACUAAUUUUCAUUCAUGGAGGUCAAAAGACGAUUUAGCCCAUGGAAGGGUUUCGAAAUUACGAGAAUCCGAAAUGAAUGAUGAGGAUACGAAUCAUCGGAUAUCGAAUAUUUAUGUUGAGGCUAAGAAACAUUUAUCAGAGAUGCUCACAAGUGGAGAUGAAGAUGCUGAUUUGAUGAUGAGAAGCUUACCUAAAAGUCUUGGCAGGAUUUUGUCUCUUCGAGAGUACAAUUCUCUUUCUCCCGGUACAAGUCCUAGAGCACAAGAUAUUCGUUUGGUCAACAAAAGUCAACCUUCUACGGACCAUGAAGAAAAUAUAACUUCUGAAGAGGGUCAAGUGAUUGUAGAAUUGGAAUCUUGUGAUAAAGAACACAAAGAAGAACAAACAGAAGGUGUAGAUGUUUUGUGUGAAUCACACGGGUCUAUAAACGGCGUAGAGGACAACCACAAUGCAGUGAUUCCGGAUUCUUCUAAUGAAGAAAGCUCUUCAGACAGUUUGAAACAGGAUUUACCCAAUGAGAACGACUCAUCAUCUUGUGGACCACAUAUAAUAGAGCCUACAGUAGCUAGCAAGACAGAAGAACGCGAGAUCACUCCCUCUGAUAAAGCCGGAAAGCCGAGUCCUAUUUCCGUUCUCGACCCGUUAUUCUCAGAUGAUGACAUCAGCCCCGCAAGAACCGUUUCUCGACCCGUCGAACCUGCGAUUCAACCACUGCGUAUCCAAUUUGAUGAAGAACCUGUUUCCCGUUCUGAAGAUCAACAAAUACGAAUCACAAAUUCUGAGGAUAGUGAGGAAUCUGCGUUUGAAUACAUUGAAGCUGUGCUCCUUUCAUCUGACCUAAACUGGACCGAUUUUGAAAAAAGGUGGCUUUCGGGUACACAGAUUCUUGAUCCAUGUAUAUUCGAGGAAGUGGAAACGUUUUCGGGUCGGGCCCAAUAUGAUCAACGCCUUCUAUUUGAUUCGACCAAUGAAGUUCUUGAAGAGGUAUGCGAUCAUUUUAUUCCCGAAUCAUUGUUCAUUAAAAAGGCCGUUUGGCCCGUUCCUAAAGGAAUGGAUCUAAUAAACGAGGUUUGGAGAAGAAUCGAGUCACGUCUUUGUAAGGUUUACCCUCGAGAUUUAGACAAGCUUGUGAGAAACGAAUUGGGAACAUCAAAAAUGUGGUUGGAUUUGGACAAUUUUCGAUCCGAGUCUCGGGAAAUAGUUGUCAAGAUCGAAGAAUCAAUCUUUGAUGAAACAAUGGAUGAUACCCUUUUGAGUUUAUUUGAUAGAACGAAUGAUGGUUUAUCAUGAAGACCCUGAUUUUGGGAUUGGAAGAUGGUGUUCUUGUUUUCUUUAUUAGCGAGGAUUUUAGGGUUUGGUUAAUGUGUGUUUCACUGUUUUGCGUGGUGCUGUUACUUUUUUUCACAUAGUUACAAAGAUACAUGAACGCGGAGGUUAGUUUGUAACUACAUAUAUAUAAAUAGGUGUUUGUUUGU